AUGGAACAGAAUAAUGAUAGCAGUAGCCUGUCCGAAGUACAGCACGUCAUCUUGGUUCUGUCCGGUAAAGGAGGUGUGGGAAAGAGCACAAUCACUGCAGAACUUGCUCUGGCACUGAGGCAUGCUGGGAAAAAGGUUGGCAUCCUGGAUGUAGACCUCUGCGGGCCAAGCAUCCCGCGAAUGCUGAACAUGGAUCGUGCAAACGUGCAUCAGUGUGACUCAGGUUGGGUGCCCGUCUAUGCAGACGCAGAGAAAAGCCUCGCACUCAUGUCCAUUGGCUUUCUGCUGGACGACCCAGAUGAAGCAGUUGUGUGGAGGGGGCCCAAGAAAACCGCAAUGAUUGGUCAGUUUGUGUCAGACGUAGCAUGGGGUAAGCUGGAUGUGCUGCUGGUGGAUACACCCCCAGGGACAUCUGAUGAACAUUUGGCCAUAUUGGAGAACCUCAAGAAGCAUAAAAAAGUGGACGGGGCUGUUUUGGUCACCACACCUCAGGCGGUGUCCACAGGGGAUGUCAGGAGAGAAGCAACUUUCUGCAAAAAAACCGGAGUGCGCAUCCUCGGAAUCGUAGAAAACAUGAGUGGUUUCGUUUGCCCGCACUGCUCAGAAUGCAGCAAUAUAUUUUCUAAAGGUGGUGGUGAAGAGUUAGCCAAACUUAUAGGGUCACCUUUCCUUGGUUCCGUGCCCUUGGAUCCUCAGUUGAGUGCCAGUGUCGAGCAAGGUAAAGACUUCCUCCAGUCAUUCCCAGACAGCGCCACCUUCAGCUCCAUUAGCAGCAUGACUAAGACUCUCCUUAGCAGCCUUCAAACCCCUUGA